AUGGACGAGUCAGCGCUGGAGCGGUACUUUGAUAAGUUCAUUGCAAAUGACUCCUCAAAGACUGAGGAGGAGGAGAAGGAGAAGGAGGAGGACGACGACAACAACGAAGAGUUCUUCAGAUUACUGCCUGAUGAGCUCCUGACACUACAUAAGGAUGACACAGCAACAACAACAACGCCGAUGUUGAAUAAAACUGUGCUGCCAGACAGCAGCACCAGUCAGAACUACAGCUCCCAGAAUCCCACAGAAGCGGCCAAGCUACCAGGGCAGUCACCCAAGCUGGAGCUGGUUCAUCCCAUGAUCCCAGUGACGCCUGUGACAAAGCAACCAAAACUGACCCCACACAUAGUGAACGUCAUCUCUACAGUGAAGCUGGGCUGCCGUCUGGACCUGAGCUUCAUUGCUCGCAAUGCAUGGAACGUGGAGUUCAACCCAAUGGUACCGAUCCUGUUUCAGAAAUUCAAGGCACUCUUCAUGAGGAUCCGUGAGCCGCAGUCCACAGCAGUGAUCUACGAAUCUGGAAAUGUUGUCUGCACAGGAACCACGAGUGAGGAGCAGUCCCGGCUGGCGGCCAGGAAGUUCGCCCGCAAAGUGCAGAAGCUGGGCUUCCCUGCCCGCUUCCUGAACUUCAGGAUCCAGAACAUGGUGGCCAGUUACAAAUCCCUCCCAAUCAAUUUGGAGCAAAUGGCUUCCCAUGAGCACUGCAGUUAUGAACCAGAGCUGUUUCAAGCCCUCUUCUACAGCGGCAUCCCUGGUGUGGUUAUAACCAUCACUGCAAAGGGGAAGAUUGUGUUGACAGGAGCUAAAAGCAGGGCUGAGAUCGAGGAAGCACUUGACACCAUCUACCCAAUCGUGUGCCGCUUCAGGAGGCAUCGAGGAGAGAGGAACUCUGACUAG